UGACCGCGGGUGUGGCCUACGCCUUCUGGACCUACGUCUCCACCUUGAGCCCCACACCAGGGCCACACCUGCCAGGAUCCAGGGCCGCGGCUCCGGCGCGCUCGCGCGCCGGGGAGAGAAGAACUGUGGUGGUGGCGAUGGAGAGGGGGAAGGCGAAGAGGGAGAAGGAAAGCUUUUCUUCUUCGAGCAGUAGGGAAACGGUAAAGAUAGAGAAGGAAAAAAGGAAAGAAGGGGAAGUAAAAAACAAGGGGAAAGAGAGAGGGAAGGAAGAGGAGAAGAGGAAGUCUGUAGAGGUGAAAAGCAAGAAGGGGAAAGAGGCAGGGAAGGAAGAGGAGAAAAGGAAGGAUGUAGAGCAGAAAGGCGACAAUGGGAAAGAGAAAGGGAAGGAAGAGGAGAAAAGGAAGAGUGUGGACAUGAAAACCAAAGAGAACGGGAAAGGAAGGGGAGAGGAGAAAAGGAAGAGUGUGGACGCGAAAAUCAAAGAGAACGGGAAAGGGAAGGGGAAGGAAGAGGAGAAAAGGAAGAGUGUGGACGUGAAAACCCAAGGGAAUGGGAAAGAGAAAGGGAAGGAAGAAAAAAAGAAAAAUGUGGACGUGAAAAACAAGAAUGGGAAAGUGAAGGAAGUCAAGGAGGAACAAGGGACGAAGAAAGAGAGUGAGGAGGAACAGGUACCCGCCACCGCCACCACCUCCGCCACCGCCGCCGCCACCGCCGCCGCCGGUAAGAGACCUGGGACCGGGACCCUCGCCUCCGAGGCCAUUGUGGGCAUCCAGACCCGCCGGCUCUGUUACGUCGCCCCCCAAAACAGCAAGCAGAUCCUAGUACUGGGCUUGGAUGGAGCAGGGAAGACCAGUGUCCUCCACUCGCUGGCUUCCAACAGAGUGCAGCACAGCCUGGCACCUACCCAAGGUUUUAAUGAAGUUUUCAUCCACACUGAAGACAGGCAGAUGGAGUUCCUAGAGAUUGGUGGCAGUGAGCAAUUCCGCUCCUACUGGGAUAUGUACCUGCCCAAGGGAUGGCUGCUGAUCUUUGUGGUGGAUUCGGCUGACCACAAACGGUUACCAGAAGCCAAGAAAUACCUUCAUCAGCUAAUUGAACCAAACCCAGCACUCCCUCUGGUCGUGUUUGCCAACAAACAGGACCUUGAAGACGCCUAUCACAUUACAGAUAUCCACGAUGCUUUGGCACUGUCUGAAGUGGGGAAUGACCGGAAGUUGUUCUUGUUUGGAACUCAGGUGACUGAGAACGGCUCAGAGAUCCCCUCCACCAUGCAAGAUGCCAGAGACCUGAUUGCACAUCUGGCCGCAAAUAUGUAGAAGUGACU